ACUUUUUCUUUCUUUUUGGCGCUCCCAGUAUUGUGUAGGACACAGAUUGUCUUCACAGUCCGCAGUGAUGGAGUACGGCAGGGAACGGGUGGUGGCCUUAGUGGACAUGGACUGUUUUUACGUGCAGGUGGAGCAGAGGCUGAAUCCCGCUCUGAGAAACACUCCGUGUGUGGUGGCGCAGUACAAGACGUGGAAAGGAGGCGGAAUCAUAGCUGUGAGUUAUGAGGCCAGAGCCAACGGAGUCACCAGGAACAUGAUGGUGGAUGAUGCAAAAAAACUGUGUCCAAACCUGGAGGUGGCACGGGUUCGGGAGUCUCGUGGCAAAGCUGACCUGACGUAUUACAGGGAGGCGAGCGUGGAGGUGAUUGAGGUGAUGUCUCGCUUUGCUGUGAUUGAGAGGGCCAGCAUCGAUGAGGCCUACAUGGAUCUGACUGCUGCAGUGCAGCAGCGGCUAAAGAACAUGACAGAUAAACAGAUAGAUCCUCACCUCCUGAGGACGACGUACAUCCAGGGUUACCCACGACAUUCUACGGAGCAGCAAGAGUCUACAGAGGAUGCAGUCUCAGAUAAAGAGGAACAGCGGUCCAGAGGAGUCCAGCAGUGGUUGAUGUCCUUACUUGACCCUGCCUUGGGGGAUCAGAAGUCUGCAGACCUGCAUCUGGCUGUGGGAGCACUGAUUGUGGAGGAUAUGAGAGCCGCUGUGGAGAAAGACACGGGUUUCCGCUGUUCAGCAGGGAUAUCGCACAAUAAGGUUCUGGCCAAACUGUCAUGUGGCCUGAACAAACCAAAUCGACAAACUGUUUUGCCUUUGGGGUCCGUGCCAGAACUGUUCAACGUGCUCCCCGUCAGUAAGAUCCGUAACCUGGGUGGUAAGCUGGGUGCGUCCAUUACAGAGACUCUGGCAGUGGAAAACAUUGGCGAGCUAAUGCGAUUCUCUCAGGCCCAGCUGGGACAGCACUUUGGAGAAAAAAUAGGCCAGUGGUUAUAUGACUUGUGUCGGGGGAUUGAGUUUGAACCAGUGAAACCGAGACAGCUUCCCAAGUCGAUUGGCUGCAGUAAAACCUUUCCUGGGAAGACAUCGCUGACAAGUAAAGACAAGAUACAAUACUGGCUUCAUCAGCUGGCUCUUGAGCUGGAGGAAAGAUUGAACAAAGACAGAGAAGCGAACAGCCGGACGGCUAAGUUGCUGACAGUUGGCAUACGCCAGCUUGGUGACAAGAGGCCGAAUAGUUUCUCCCGCUGCUGCGCUUUAGUGCGCUACGACGCGACAAAGCUAUCCAGUGACAGCUUUGCCAUUAUCAAGAGCCUCAACACAGCAGGAAACCAGCAGGCAGCCUGGAGUCCACCUAUCACCCUGCUACACCUGUCAGCGAGCAAAUUCAGUGACGCUCCAUCAGCUGGGGGAAUCGCUGGCUUUCUUUCCACUGAUGUCACACCAACCCAGAGUCUUUCCUCCAGGACUCAGUCCUCCACCCAACCAACUUGUCACCUAAAAAAUACCUUUAAAAAACCCAGCACCAUACAGUCUUUCUUUCAAAAGGCACAGCAACAGGAUGAUGAUGGAAAAUGUGAGACAGAUGCCAAUUCCUCUCUUCCUCAGUUCGGCCUUUGUUCACCUUCUAAAAGCAUCUCCUCUUUCUUCAAAAAGAAGAAUGCUGAAAGAGACUGGCAGUCUCCAGCCUUCACCAAAACUGAAACUGGACCUGCGUCUGACCUAAAAAGAAACUCUGAAGACACUGAUGCUGUUGUAUCAGAUCUCCAGACAAAGCAGAGUGCAGGGUUUGCAUCUUGUCAGUCGGCAUGUGAAGAAUUAAUUGAUGACCUGCACACCGUUUCAGAGAAAAAUUGUUACUCGACACAAGCUUUACCUUCCAUCAGUUCCCCCCCUGAACUCUUGCAGAACCGUCCUGCUGUGGACAGGGACCUGUUCCACUGUGAGCGCUGUGGGCAGGAGGUGUUAGCCUGGGAAAUGCCCGAGCACAAUGACUACCACUUUGCUCUGGACCUCGAGAAAUCAUUUUCUUCAUCUACAAGUUCAACUGCUGCUUCUCCAUCUGUUAGAGGAGGACCAUCAGGGACAGCUCAGUCAUCAUGUGGGAAAAUGAAGUCAAGAGGCCCAUCAGGACCGCAGCCCAAACGGCAUCGCUCACAAGGUGGCAGUAUAGUCACACUGGAUUCCUUUUUCAAAAGGACUUGAGGCUGAGCUGUGGA